AUGCUGCUCGGGUUCCUCCUCCUCAUCUUCCUCAUCGCUUUCCCUGCGCUCGUGGUCGCUGUGGUCGCGUUCACUAGGAUACCAGGAGAUGACUGCGCUCUCAACGUAACGACCCCAGUGACCCAGACGGCACAUGCGAUCCACUGGGACUACUCGCCUGAGCAUGGGCCCGAGCACUGGGCGUCGCUGACUCCUGACUACGCUACCUGCGGCUCCGGCAAGCUGCAGUCGCCGAUCAACCUGCGCACAAGCGUCGGCCCCAAGUAUGAGCUUGGAAGGACCCUGAAGAACAUCAGCAUGAACAACUUUCAGGACGUGAGCACCCUCGUCAAGAACUCCUUCUCCAACUUGGUUACAGUCGUCCACAACGGACACACAGUGCAGACGAGUGGAGUGAAGGGAUACUUCCAGUACGACAGCACUUGGUUCGAGCUGCUCCAGUUUCACUUCCACACUCCCAGCGAGCAUCAGCUGGAUGAUAAUCUGCAACAAGCAGAGAUUCACUUCGUGCACAAGAGUCAAUCAAACAACUACUUGGUGAUCGGCGUCUUUGUCGAAACAGCAGACGAGAACCCCGAGUACUUCAAGGAGCUCCUUGCUGACUUUCCCAAGUCUGAGGAAGAGGCAGCGGCUAUCGUUCACUUCAACUACACGCAGCUUCUGCAAGAUGUUGUGGGCGACAACGCCAACUACUGGAUGUACAGUGGGAGCUUCACUACACCUAACUGUCAGGAGGGAGUGACAUGGAUCGUGAUGAACAAAAAGGUGAAGAUGACUGCUAAGGACAUCGGUGCGCUUAGAAAUGCGAUGGGCAAGAACAACCGACCGAUCCAGCCUCUGAAUGAGAGGACUGUCCACAUGAAAUCUCUUCCCAUCUGA